AUGGCUAAAGGAAGGAAAGAGCUAAUGGAAAUGAUCAACGACUUGCCCGAAUCAUGUUACGAGUUGUCACUAAAAGAUAUGGUUGCAGAAGACACCGAAGAUUCAGGGUAUGCGAUAGAAGAUAAGGUUGAUGUCAAGUCCAAGGUGAAGGGAAAGAAGAAAGGUGCAAAAAGAAGACCGAUUUCGAGGAGUGUGAGUCUUGACACCGGAGUUUUUCUUCUCAAGAUGUUUGUCCCAAGCUCUUUUGGCUCGAAAAAACAAAGGGUUUCUCGAAGUACUUCAAUCGAUGGUUUGAAUAAACACGACAUUGAUGUGAAACAAUGGAAGACUUGGUAUGAAGAAGGGACUUUGAAGCCUGGAUGUUGGUUUAAAUUAACAAACCAAAAAUGGUGCAUCUUCUUCUGA